GCCAAGCCCACAGCUGGACGUGCAGUCAGUCUGCUGCUAAUGUCUCUGGAGGUAGCUUGUAGGGAGCUAGCCAUGAGCUAACAAGUAGCUAGCUGAGUCUUCUCAUCUUGCCACCAUAAUUCAACCUUUGUCAGACGUCGUGCCGAGGAAUUAUUCGGCCCCCUGUUGCAGCUGGAUUUAAGGUCUUUAUUUCACAAUCCUUCCCAGCAGCUCCAUCUUGAACUUUCUACUUUUCACACUCUGAUCUCCUGGUACACAGAGCCAUGGCAGCUGCGAAGCCAAAAGGGCAGAACUCUCUAGCCCUUCACAAAGUGAUAAUGGUGGGCAGUGGAGGAGUGGGGAAAUCAGCCCUGACGCUCCAGUUCAUGUAUGACGAGUUUGUUGAAGAUUAUGAGCCCACCAAAGCAGACAGCUACAGGAAGAAAGUGGUGCUGGACGGAGAGGAGGUACAGAUAGACAUCCUCGACACAGCCGGACAAGAGGACUAUGCAGCAAUCCGGGAUAACUACUUCCGCAGCGGCGAGGGUUUUCUCUGUGUAUUCUCCAUCACUGAGCUGGAAUCAUUUGCAGCAACAGUAGACUUCAGAGAGCAGAUUCUGCGAGUGAAGGAGGAUGAAAACGUGCCCUUUCUCUUGGUUGGUAACAAGUCCGAUUUGGACGACCGACGGCAGGUCAGCGCAGACGAGGCGAAGGCACGUGCUGAGCAGUGGGGCGUGUGUUAUGUGGAGACCUCUGCCAAAACCCGCGCCAAUGUUGACAAGGUGUUCUUUGACUUGAUGAGAGAGAUCCGGGCGAGGAAAAUGGAGGACAGCAAAGAGAAGAAUGGCAAGAAGAAAAGCAAAAGUUUGGCCAAGAGAAUUAGAGAGAGAUGCUGCAUUUUAUAGUGGAAACAGUGAGCAGGAUGGCUGCUAAUGUACAUAUACAUUUCUCAGACUUUUGCAUUUAUUUUGUGCCCAUACCUGACCAUGACUUUCUGUUCCUGGCUAACAGGACAUCUGACCGUGUGUCAGGGAGUAGUAAGGUGGCACUCCAUACACCAUUUAUAGCUCUAACUUUUUAUGUGCUGACACUCCAAAUAAUUUAUUUUCGUUUUUCUCUCUCUCUCUCUCUCUCUCUCUCUCACACACACACAGCAUAUUACAGAGUUUCAUAGAUGGAUGGUGUUAAAUUUAGGCCUAAGCUUGACAAGAGCCAAAGCCCUGAAAUGUUACAAAAACCUUUCAUUGUAAAGUUUGAUGUGUAUAAUAUAUUCAGGCAACUGUGAUGUUUAAAAGAAAAGAUUAAGUGUCAGAGCCAAGGUUUUAAAAUUGGGGAAUUUGUAACUGGAGCUUGGGUAGGAAAUAUAAGUGAACAGACUCAGCAGAGUAGUGUCAACCCAUUCAUCAUGUGCCACCAAGACGAUGUAUGUUGCACUGGUGAAUCUGUGAAGCAUUUUAAUUGAAGAAUUCUUAUUAAGAGCCGGGAUUUUAUGCCAUUUCUAUUAGCUGUUUUACACCUCAAUUCUGCCACCUGGUAAGAUUAUGAAUACUUAUUAUUUACCUGUAUUUUCUCUCUUUUCUUGUCCUUUAUCAUCCCUUAAUGUAUUUAAGAGCACUAAUAUUUCCAUUUACUUUCCUCUUUGUGUCACUUGGUUGAGUCAGCAUUAAUCACUACCCUUAAAUCUGUGAAGGAAUUUACAACACUUGAACCUUUUUCAAUUCUAACAUUUCAGAAGUUUUGCCUCA